AUGGCUUUGCAAUUCAUCAACAGCCGGAUGGUCCUGGAAGGAUUGCAAAGAUUUGGCACAAUUCCCACAUACCUUCCAGUCCAUUACCAGGUGGUGGAUGCAGAAUCAGUCUUCUUUCUCAAGGAGGCGAACCAGGACAUUAUGAGGAACUCCAGCCUACAGGUUCGCACAGAACUGUUCUUUAUCCAAAAGGCCAGAAAGACACCUUCAGUCAAUGCCAGUUAUGGACCUCUAUCUGUUGACCAGCCAGUGCCCGUGGAUCUUCUGGGACCGGGACUCUUCAACAACAAUCCUACAUCUACAUCCUCCUCAUCAUCCUCUUCUUCUCCACUCUUUACUUUCAACUGGAAAGUACAAACUUUCAUUAUCAACGAGCGAAUUCACCCCAGUUGGCCAAAAGUACAGGUUCUAUUCUAUGUAGUCGGUCGGGACUGGGACGACUACAGUACUGUGGACAGGUUGCCCUGUGUCAAGAUGUUUGCUUUUCAUGAAACCCAAGAAGUACGAGGCAGCUGUCGUCUAAAAGGAGAACUUGGGUUGUGUGUGGCUGAACUGGAGCCACUACCUAGUUGGUUCAGUCCUCCUAGCGUCAUACCAGGUCGUCAGAGAGUACCAGAACAGGUCGAGGGCACCCCUGUGGAGCUGUAUUAUAUGGUACAAUCUACCGACACUGGGGAAUGCAGCUCAGAGGACUUGCGCAAGACUAAUUCAAUCCGCAAUGGGCAACUGGGCCCAGCUGGGUACUUCUCGGGGCCCACACCCAUGCGCAGGAUCGGCAGUGUGCGGCUAUUCCAGCCCCUUUCGGAGUUGCGUCUGGACAGUAACUUUGUGGUGAUGGUUCCCUCAAGACCCAUCAGGCAGAGGGAGACAGUGUCAGCCUUUCUAGCUGUUUCCACCCUUUCAUCUGUAGAGAUAUUCACUCUAAGGGUCAAGUUGAAGGAUGGUGUGGCGUUUCUGGGGGCGAGGGCCAGCAACCCAGUUCAGUGGACAGUCAGUCAGGACGUACGGAGCGAGGGACACAGAGUGGUCACCCUGCACUGCCGCAGAAAGGAAGCCAACUUCGGAAAAAGGGUGGAGGCAGGCUUCCAGAAGGUUCUCCAGGUAGAUCUGGAGGUGAACGGGCUAUUGGAUCCUCUGGGCAGUCGCUCAAUGACUUGGCAGAUCGAGUACCCCAUUUCCCGAACCCUCUCGGACGAGAUCCAGACUCUCAUCCACCUGGCACCACAUGACCUUGGGGGCAUCGUGCCAUUGGCUAUGGAGACAGAGAUCCUUAACACUGCAGUGCUUACCGGGAGAACCGGUGCCAUGCCAGUGAAGGUGGUCACUGUAGGAACAGAAGGUACUGUGACUGAUGUGACUGAGUCGGUGGAAUGUCGCUCAACAGACGAGGACGUGGUUAAGGUGUCUGAAAGGUGUGAUUAUGUGUACGUUAAUGGUAAGGAGACACGUGGCAGAGUAAGGAUGAUGGUGAACUUCACCUACAGUUACCUGAGCACUCAGCUAGAGUUGAGCGUCUGGAUGCCCAGACUCCCCUUGCAGAUUGAGAUGUUCGAUCCAGAACUCAGCCAGAUCAGGGGCUGGAGAGUUCCUGCUGAUGCUGCCAACCUAAGGUCUGAGACUGGAGAGGAUGAUGUUGAUGAAGGAGCCAGGAAAGAUCGGGGCUGUGUUCCACAGUACCAGAGCACCACUGUCCGUGUCCUCACACACUUUGAGGCUGAGCCAGAGGAGUGGCAGGGCCAACCAGACUGGCUCCUGGGAAGUGACUGGCAGGUGGAUGUGACGGAGCUGGUGAGGGAUUCAUUAAGGGUGGGGGAUGAACGUGUGGCCAGACUCUCUAAGGAACAGGUCCUGAUCGGUCUUAACACUGGCACCACUAAAGUCCAGGUGAUGUCCCCGUUGUCAGACUCGGUUCUGGCUGAGAGGAUGAUCCGGGUUCUGGAUGAUAAAGUCAGUAUUACUGAGCUGGGUGUGCAGCUGGUCUCUGGCCUUUCACUGGACCUACAACUCAGCCCAGGAAGCAACAGGGCCAUCGUCGUCACAGCUACCACACAAGAGACCAUGCACAACACUAAUCAGGAGUCCCUUGUCAGUGCAUGGCUGCACUUCAGUGAUGGCUCCAUGACCCCUCUUGACCUCUAUAACCCUGCACAUUUUGUCCUCACAGCCACCUCUCUGGAUGAUCAGGUGGUGUCAGUGAAGAAAGACUCCACCUGGAGGUGGCCAGUGGUAGUGGCCAAAGGUGAAGGUCAAGGCAUGUUGGUCCGAGUGGAGAUGUUUGGCCUUGAGUCCUGCCUAAAAAACAAGCGGCGGACAGUUUUGGCUGCAGGCAAUGCAAACAUCCAUGUAAAGUUUGGCCGCAGUGAGGAAAUGGGAAACAGUGUAAAAGAAAAGAGAUACAGGCCCAAUGCCCCAUAUUAUGGAGGCUCUAUAUCAGACAUGGAAGCUGGAAUCAUAAACAGAGCAGUGACCACCAUCAAGACUGCAAUUUCUGGGAAACCCAGCGGUGACAGGCUGUCUGCUGGUGAUACUCCAGUUGAUUUCUCAGAGUUCCCAGCUCAAGCAGACCUUCCCCCUGGACGCAACACUGAGGAGGACCUCCUGCAAAAUCGGCGUGGCCUCAGCGACUUGGAGAUAGGCAUGUAUGCCCUGCUAGGUGUAUUCUGCUUGGCCAUUUUGGUAUUUCUAAUAAAUUGCAUCUCUUAUGCCCUUAAAUACAGCAACAAACAGCUCCCUUUGGAGGGCCAGGAGACCAUGGCUCAUGCCCAUGACUGGGUUUGGUUAGGCCAUGAUGCAGAGCUGUUGGAAAGCCAAGCAGGUUUGUGUUUGGACCAGGAGGAGCUUGGCGGCACCAUGGACUCAGGAUUGGGCCUGGAGGAAGGUAGCCAGCUCCUUAAUGGUCUUUCAUCUCAGAAAAGCGUGCAGGGGCAGGUCCAUAGGUCUUCAUCUGACUCUGGCUGCGCUGGGAGGGAUCACAAGAUUGAGUCCUUAAAUUCACCCACCACCAAAAGGAAACGGGUCAAGUUCACUACUUUUAGCCACAGCAAGCCCAGCAAUGGCUGCCCAUCCAUAAGCCCACUUCUCAUUGGUCAGAAUGACAUCAAAUGGGUUUGCCCAGACAUCGAGCUUGGGGACUCCAAAGAGCUCAGAAAUUACAUGGAAAGGUUAAAUGAAAAUGCUACUAAGAGCACUGCAUAG